AUAAGGAAGUCAAACAAACACACCCUCAGGGGUUUUAGGGUUUAAGAAAGAAAAAGACUUUCUUUCCAUAUAUGGAUGCUUAAUUCCUCCAACCAUGUCCUCCUCCAAAUUCCCCUCAAUCCCCACAACCUUCACCAUAACUUUCAGACUAUCCUCGUCACCGAACCCCCCCAAAAACCCAUCACCCCUUCUCCCCAACCCCUCAAACCCCACUCUCACUCUCAGACUCCACCUCACCCACAAACCCAAGAUCCAAUUUUUCCGGAAACCCUCCAAAACCCACCAAAAUUUCCACUGCCCCACUGUUUUCCGCGCCGCCCAACAGCUCUGCGCUGCCACCGGACCACCAACCGGAGCAAAUAAAAACUGCCCAAGAAGCCCUUUUGGAGCUUCUUCAAGAAUUUGGGGCUUCUGAGGCGGAAGCCGCCUUUGUUUCGUCGAAUUCGCCGAGGUAUUUGUGGAUGUUGGUUGAUGGGGUUGUGGAGUUGGAUGAGCUGGGGAUGUGGGGAGAGUGGGAGGAGGGGAGAGAAUUAGGGGGGAUUCAAAGGGAAGGUGAGGUAUUUGGCUAUGGAGAAAGGUGACAAUGGAAAGAUUGAGUUUUUGGAGGGUGCGGUCGGGUUGAGUCUGUCUUCGGCUAUGAAUGUUGCCAGGCAUUUAUCUGCAGAGACGCUUCCGGGGCUCAUUGAGAAGGUUAACUAUGUGAAGAAAAUAUUCUUUUCUGACAGUAGUGAUGGGGGGCUCACUGGGAAAAAUGCUCGUCGUAUGAUGAUGCACUUAUCAAUUCCUAUUGAUGAUGACUUGCAACAAACCCUAUCCUUUUUUGUAAAGGUUGGUGUGGAGGAGAAAGAUGUCGGCAGAAUGUUGAUUAAAUAUCCAUGGAUUCUAUCAAUGAGCAUUCAAGAGAACUUCAAGGAGGUUUCUUCUUUCUUUGAGUUGGAGAAGGUACCAAAAUUGAGUGUUGGCCGUGCAAUCAGAAGCUGGCCUCAUAUUUUGGGUUGCUCAACCAGCAUGCUAAAAUUGAUGGUCGAAGAAAUUGGUGAAUUGGGUAUUAGAAACAAGAAGUUGGAUCAGGUUAUCUCUAGAAGUCCUCAGCUAUUGAUAUGGAAACCUCAAGAAUUUCUUCAGAAAAUACUUGUGUGGCUGUUUCAUGAAUUUCCGUUUUAUAUUGAAGAUGAGAUACCGAAGAAUUUGUUUGUUGCUCCAACUAUGGUGAUGAAUGGGGAACACGGCCAAGAAAGGAAACUGUGGAGGUUCGGCUUGUAGUGUACCUUUUACGUGUCGUCAUGAAACCUAGUCCAAUCACCCAUCUUUUCAUGUUGGUCCCACCUUAGGGAGUGAAAAUCUCAUCCAACACGCAGCAUUUGGAUACAUUUUAUCAGUCUCUGUGAAGGAUUUGGGAACCAUGUAUAUGAGUCCUAUUAUCCUAGGAUUUGAUAAAGAAACAGUUGGGAGCAUACUGGGGUGUUGUCCCAAAAUAUUUGCCGCCAGCAUUGGCAAAACUCUCAAGAGGAAGCUGGAAUUUCUUGCUAGCAAUGGUGUUUCCGAACCCCACCUUCUUCGGGUUAUCAAAAAGUAUCCAGAGCUUCUCAUCUCUGACACUGAUAGAACUUUACUUCCUCGGAUGAAAUAUUUAAUGAAGAAUGGGCUGUCGUGGAGAAACCGGUGACGGAUUUGGUGGAGUAUCCAAGGUACUUCAGUUAUUCAUUGGAAAAGAGGAUAAAACCUAGAUACUGGGUGCUAAAGGGGAGAAAUAUCGAGUUUAGCUUACGAGAUAUGUUGGCUAGACAAUAAUGCGGUGAGAGGAGCCUAUCUUCUGUUUUGACAAAGCUAUUCUCUAAUCUACGGGAACAAGGACUCGAACUUGAGCGCAAGCCGGUCGGCACACAGUCUUGACCAACUAACCUCAACUCUAAUUAGCGAGGAUGAUGUGUUCUUAGUUUGUAAACAAUAAACCACAAAUUGUCACAGUUUUGUAACAUUUUGUUGUAAUGUUCAAUGUAUAGUAAACUCCCGUUUCAUUAA